AUGACUUCAGUCGGCGAGUAUCGCGCCAACCAGUGUGAUCGAGUCAAUUGCAUACCUUGUGAUAAGCGAUAUGGAAAGUGCAGAGGAAAGCCAAGUGGUAUCUACCCUUUCCACACUGAACGUUGGACCCCAACCUUUGUCACGUGUUACGACCAGAGGAACAUUGCGCAGGAUGACUGCCAAGUGCCUACUCCAAUCUUCUCUCCAGAGGUCCACGACUGCGUGUCCCUCUUUGAAGUACCCAAGGCCAACGGAGGUCUUCGUCCAGACUGCAGCUUCAGAGAUGACGGCUAUUACCCAGACGAGCAAGGCAGAUGUGGAAUCUUCUUUGAAUGCAGAGACGGAGACUUUGAGGGCUACGAUGAAUGUCCUGCUGGGAAGGUCUUUGAUCCAGUGAGCCUGAAAUGCCAGUCUUUGGAAAUUGCCGCACCUCCUUGUGGAACAGGUCAACAACCACAGUGCUAUGACCGGGAUGAUGGCUUCCAUGCCGAUCCCUUUGGUAGAUGUACGUACUACUUCGAAUGCAGAAGGAAGAAAUUCAUCAGGUACAGAACAUGUGACUUUGGUUCCUUUGACCCAAUCCGACAGGAAUGCAUCAUUCCAAAUGAGCUGGUACCCAGACCAUGUGGACUCCUUCCAAAUCCCUGCGAGAGGAAAUCCUCGGGGUUCCAUCCUGACGCCAACACGGGUUGCAAGAGCUACAUUGAAUGCAGCAGGGGGAUUCUUAUCAGGAAUGGGACAUGUGCUGCAGAUCAAGUCUUUAGUAGCGUAAGUGGUAAAUGUGAUAGGCAAGAAAACGCCGCAGAGCCUUGUGGACUCACACCAUCCUGUGCAAACAAGAAAGAUGGGAAAUAUUCUGCACUUCUGAAAGGGUGCAGUUUCUACUACGAGUGUUCUAAUAGGAAAUUCUUGGGAUUCAAGCAGUGUUCCUAUUCUCAAGGAGGGUUCUUCUUCAACGAGAAGGCGGGGAAAUGUGACUUCCCACAGAAUAUCUGUCCGCCAUGUGGUUAUAAGUGGUGGGGCUGGUAA